CUUCUCCCAUCCCCGCUCGGAAAAAUAGCCAGACUCCACGAGACCGAACAGUUAUCCCAUCGCUCCAGCGCUAACCCCUCUCCCCUCUAAAUCGAUCGCCCCGGUCGCCGUCGCCGCCCUCCACUGCAUCACCGCCCGAGUCUCGCUGCACUCCACCUGAUGAACGCUAACCGCCACCACUACAUCAUUGCCGCUGCGCUGAUCCUCUCUCCAGAGGCGCCACCAUCUCCAAGCCGUCGUGGAUCUCAUGCUGAUGGGGCUGGUUGUCUUUGUGGCCCUGGCGAGCUUGUCGGCUGCUGCCGGAGACCCAAAUCCCCGAGCUCGACGAGCUAGCUAACCGUCCUGCACAACUCGCCAUGGCCCCUGAGCCGCCUGUCCAGCAGCCGUUGGAGCCGAGCGUGCAGGCGCACGAGGACGAGGACAAAGCGUACAACAGAGGUGUUCCAGGGGACGAUGAGGAGUUCCAACAAACGGAAGCAGCGGCCGCACUCCCCAGGCAACAACCUCCUUUAUGGAAUCCGUUGUAUUCCAACUUGUUAUCAAUUUUUGUUAUCCCACCAACAAAUGAAAGUAUCUCUUUGUUAUCUCAAUUCUUUUUGCAACUGUAGAUGCUUGCAGGCAGGGAUUCUUAGCUGUCCCCACAUCCUUCUCCUACCCGAGUCCAUGCAAGGAAACACUGAUCCAGUGACAUGACUAGGUUGAUUGAAGCUGGCUCCUUGCCAAGUUGCCAUGGCGAAGCUGUGAUGUGGGAUGGCGCCAUGGCAGUGGUACUCCAUCCCAAAGCCAAGAUGCAAGAAGGACCACUCAAUAUUUCGUCAGCACUUGGUGGCGCUGAAGCCUCACUAGCAUCAUUUACAGAUGCUAAUGCAACCCUGUUGGCUCUCUUUGCAAGCCCAGGAGCAGUUCUGAUUGGAUAUGGUAUUGCGCGGUCAGGAGUAUCAGCUUGUACAGAACUGCGGAAUGCUUUAUUUUCGAAAGUUACCUUGAGAGCCAUCCGUUCAGUCUCCAGGAUGGUGUUUUCUCACUUGCAUGAGUUUGAUCUUCGUUAUCAUCUAAGCCGGCAAACUGGAGCUCUAAAUCGCAUAAUUGACAGAGGCAGCAAUGCAAUAAAUUUCAUUCUUACAGUGACAGUGUUCAAUAUUGUUCCCACAAUACUAGAGGUACUCAUAGUUAUUUCUCCAACGGUUACCAUCCAUCAGUUGUGCAUACUGUGAUAUUGCUGUUGCUUUUGGUAAUUGAUGCCACUUAUUCUCGGAAUGUUUGCUUGAGCUCUGUCUGUGUUGUGUUUUGUUUCUUAUUUACAUAUUGGUAUGGUGUCAAGUAUACUUGCCUAGAAGUUUGGCUCCACUUUUGCUUGGAUUACUUCAGUUUCAGUCGCUACUUACGUUGUUUUCACUUUGGCUUUGACACAGGUGUGAAUGCUGUACUUUGUCAUCGCAACUGUAGUUUUAGGAUAUUCUUGCUUACAUAAAUGCUCAAUCUAAUAUAUCUAAUGAUCACUUUUGUAUCAUGUCUUACUCUUAUUCCUCUCAUCGCUGUCUGUUUCAUUACGACAGUGGCGGACCAAGUUCAGGACAGCCAUGAAUAAAGCUGAUAAUUGAUUGCCCUA